GUCAACAAUUCUGCAAGGAGACUCCUUCUGUGUGCGACUCUUCACCCUGUCACUCAACCCUAUCGCGUGGUACAUUAGGAGUACGGAAGGAUAUAAACUAAAGCAUGCCCCAGACAAAAAGAUCACCCACGCUCUGUUUGUAGACGACUUGAAAACCUAUCAUCCAUCCCAGCAAAUGGCAGUAACUGUGUCAAGUAAGAUCAAGAACAUGUUUGCAGACAUUGGUUUAGAAUGGGGAAUCAACAAAUGCGCUGCAAUACAUCUUAAACGUGGAAAACUGGACACUAGCGUCAAUAGAACUGAAAUGCCUGUAAGUAAAAACUGCUCCAUACCAGUUCUAGGCAUCGGAGAUCAUUACCAAUUCUUAGGAAAAUACCAGAACAUCCAACACCUGGAAGAUAAAGUUAUUGAAGAAGCUWCUGAAGAGUAUGAAAAGCGACUUUGGGCCGUUUGGAYCUCUCCAUUGUCAAUACCACGUAAAGUUCGUGCCACUAAUGUUUAUGCWGUACCUGUUUUACAGUAUUAUAUGUGGACAACCGACUGGCCACUUAACCACCUCAAAGAGCUCGACAGACUUACAAGAAAAGUCAUCAGUGAUAGCCGUGGAAAACACAAGUAUGAAUCCAUACCACUCCUGUACUUAUAGCCGGAACAAGGCGGGAAAGGAUUAGUCGAACUAGAAACGUUGUACAAGAACACCAAGUUGAAGGUAGCCAACUACAUUAAUAAUUCAGAAGAUCAACAUAUCAAGCUCGUAAAGUCCUUCCAGAUGAAAAAAGAACAAAGUAAUUUAAGAUCAAUCUUUAAAGAUGCCAAGAAGUACACAGAAGAGCUAAACAUAGACUGCGACUUCAAUGAAAACAACACAGUCUUUGGAUACGGCGAUAGAGAAAUACGUAUAAGUGAUAAGGAACCAAAGAAAGUAAAGAACAUUAUAAACAAAGCGAGCAUUGACAGAUGUAUGAAAGAUCUACAUAACCAACCUUGGGUUGGUAAAUUUGUGACCCAACACUGGAAUGAUUCAGUCUGAAAUAUCAAAUACUUCAUAUGACAUCUUUAAACAGUGGAAAAACAUUCCAGAUAUCGUAUUGUCAAUCGAUACAAGCAUCAGACAACAACUCCUAAAUACCAAGACCUACAGAUCCCAGAAACUACACGAAGAAUUACAAGAACUGUCUUGUCGACUCUGUUCUGAGAAACAGGAGACCGUUUCACACGUACUUUGUGGCUGUUCACAUAUAGCUCAAUCCCUAUACAAGUCUCGACAUGAAAAGAUGCUCCGCCCUGUCUAUCACGCUUUCCUUGAUAAAUAUGGAUUUGAUGAAUCUGAUUAUUCUUUACCAUGGUACAAACAGUCAUAUCCACAGCCAUGUCGAGAAAACAAGG